AAUUAUAGAAAACUUACUUUAAUAUUAAAUGUAGUAUAUAAUUAAAAAGGAUUAACAAAUUACUAUCAAGAUGCGUGCAUGUUGUAUUUAAAGGUAGCUGCCCACUCUUUGGCAUUCACUGCUUGUAGAUGAUCUGAGUUUAAAUGAAUCUGAUUAUAGUAGAACUGCAAUUUGUUUGUUACACUUCUAAAUAGAAGUUUACCUAGAAAGAAAACAAAAGCGAUCUUUAUUCACAACUGUUCCACAGUCACCAAAGGUUGUGGAACAGGUUUCUGCACCCAGCUGACUUAUUCACAUUAAACUUGAUUGGACAGUGGAAGUUUUUCUUGUACUAACACUCUUCUUCAGCCACACCAAACCACAAUUAGUUUCAUCACGAGGGAAGGACUGUACAACAUAGUUCUAUCAAUCACAGGUCAGGUGUGGUGAUCAUAUGCCCACGUACUUCGUGUCCUCUAAGGAAACUACUUUUCAGAAUGAAAAGUGUUUAUAGAGAUGUAACUGAAGAAGGAUAUAAACUGAAACAGACAAUGCAAAGUAGGUUUGUACUUCCUAAUUGGAGUUUGCCAGUUCUGUUGGUUAUUUAACUACAACAAUGGCAACAAGAGUAGAGAUCAGCUCUGCUUUAGCAUCCUUAACAACAGUACCUGAUGUAAAUGACAUUACACGUGAGACUAAAACACAACAUGCAUACAUCAGUCCUCUUUUAGAUAUAAGCAAGAAGGCUAGUGAACCUUCCAAUUCUUCAGCACCAAUAAUUCUUGAAGAAAAAAACAAAUUUGGGAGCACUUGGAGACCAGCCACUAUGCCUACUCCUGGAUCAAGACCAAGGCUUUCUCCAAAGCCAUUUUCUAAGGAGAAACCUUCAGAUACUUUUGCAAUUGUGAAAUCUCCCAUUACAGCUCUCAAACCAAGUAAUUUUGUCCGCAAGUCCUCUGUGUAUGGAAAGCCUACUGAAGAAAUAACAGCUGCUAAGGUGUUAAGUGGAAAUGUCCCACUAUUAGUAGAUCAGAAAUUAUUUGAAAAUGAAAAUAAAGACAACCAUGAAUUAGUCACAAAUAUGGCCUUUUAUUCAAGUCACAGCAGAAAUACUGUGAUUCUUUUUGGAACAGCUAGCACUGAAAAAUCCAAGGAAUGUUUAACUCAAGAUAAAAGAUCUGUUGAUGGGCACAGAACACUUGGUACUAUACAAACAAAAGAAUGGCAAUGUGAUGCAAAACCUGAAAUAUCAUCUCAGCCACCUUCUAGAAAACCAGAAGGUAGUCUUCACAGACAAAUAUCUUUUUCAGCAGACCCCAGACCAGUCUCCUGGAAUCCUCACCAAUCUGGUGAAGAAAAAGCUACAUGCGAAGAUCCUAUAGGUGAGAGAACCAAAGAUCUGGGAAAAUAUGCCAACAAUGAAGUUGGCUUAUUAACUGAAGUACAGCAAAAGCUAAAUCAUAGACCAGUAUCUGCUAUUUUUUUGGAAUUGUUAAAAGAUGAAAAGUGUAGCAAUUUGGAAGUCUCUGAAGAAAAAUCUCCUACAGAGAAAUCAUGGGUGAGAAAACCAAGGCCUUUGUCCAUGGAUCUAACUUCCAAAUUUGAAAAUAAAGACCUGUGCAAGAAAACUUAUCCAUCUGAUGAGAUCAAGGAGAAUAUACCUGUAUUUCACUCAACUGGUACAAGCUCUCAAGAACUGUCUGGCAUGAGGUCUGAAGCUGAAGAAACAGAAUUGAAUAAAUGUGAUCUUUCUAAAGCAAAUUUGAAGUGUAACAGUCAGGACACCGGCUUUCUUGAUCUUAAAAACAAACCUAGUAAGCAAAACCAGAAAGUCUUUCAAAAAAAUUUAGACUCUAUCAGCCCAAACUUUACAAAAGAUUAUGUACAGAACUCUGCAAAGGAUAAAAAAUAUUCUUGGGAAACUAAACAGAAAUCUAAAGAUGAACAAGAUGAGAAAAAAAUGGACUUGUACGGCUCUGAAAAAACUAAAGGGAUGGCUAAUAAUAAAAGUGACACAAUUAAGGAGGGGAAAAUAUUGGAUCAAAAGGAAACUUCUGGAGUUUCAGUCAGUGAAAAUUCUACAGCUUCCUCAAAAAAAGAAAAGUCCUUAAGGGGGAGCGUUAAAAAACACGUCAGUUUGUUUUCUGAGCCAGCAAACAGUGCUACUCCAAUGGACACUGAGCCUCUCCUGGCAGCCAGUGAGAUGGAAAACAGAAAUGUGAACAUCCAACAAAGAAUCAGAGCACUGACAACAGAAAAUGCAGAUGUUAAGCUAGGAAAUCCACAAAGAUCACUUAAGUCACGACCACUUUCUGCCAACCUAAUGAAGUUUUCAAGUCCAGGAUCAGCCAAUGAAAUUAAACCUGAGAAACCUACUGAACUGAACAGUGACUUUAUUAGUGAAACACAAGAAAAUCAAAAGAGUAAGGAGAUGAAGCCUCCUCCUGGAACAGCUUGUAGUGAGUCCUGUGCUGUUGGUAAUCAGUGGAAACCACAACAGACAGUAAAAAUAUUAGAGAAAUCUGGUCAGAUUGAAAGAAAAAUAAGCUUUCUCAGAGAAAAUUUCUCUUUGCCGAAUGAAAAUUCUGUGUCAGCCAUGUGUAACCCUGAAAAAAAAUUAAAACCCACCACUCCUGCAGAAAAGACACAUUUUAAAACUGUCAGAGCCACCAUGUUUGAUCACAAUGUUCAGAGGCAUACUGUUGCUGCUGGUCACUCUGGAAUUGAUCCUACACGAAAGCUGACUAAUGAAUUUGAAGGCAAAUAUGAUGUUGCGACAUUAUCAGAGCAUAAUAGAAGAUCUUGGAUGGAAAAAGAAUCAGAGGAGAAAACUAGUUCAAAAAGAGAGUAUCACAGUCAGUCUGAUGUGUCAGGAUAUGUAGCAGAUGCUAAAAAAUAUGGGAAAACAAUUUCUCUAAAUGAAGACAAGAGACUUGCCCAUGCAGUUCCAGUGGAAGAAUAUUCUUCAUGUGAAAAGUCCACUCCAAAGAAUAUAGAGGACUCUCUAAUUUACCAACGAAUAGAGCCAAGAUAUGAAAUCAUUCAGACUUUUGGUGAAAGAGCACUUAGUGAAGCUAUUACAAUAGUUCCGGAAGAUAAGGCUGUGACACUCAGAACUAGAAAAUCAUCUGUGAAAGAGAAGAAAAAACCUGAUGGGGAUGUCUUACAUGUUGAUCAGCUGUGUGAGCUAGAAAAUAAAACUGACCCAUUGCAAGAGGGUAGUUUUAUUUCAGAAACUAAAGACAUGUUGGAAACAUGCACUAAAAAGUUUACUUUUAGAGAAUCUAAAGAUAUCUUUCACAACAAAGGUACUUUCAAUGAGCAAAUUACAGAGUUGAAUAAAAAUCAGACUGAACAGGUGUUUGUAACUGAGAGAACAUCUUUUGCUACAAACAAAAGUAAGGAUGUGAGAUCAGCAAAUGAAAAAAUGGCAAAACUGCAUCCUGAAAUGCAAAGUGAGAAAAAUGAAAUAUCUUUCUCAGAUAAAAUAGAGAGCUCUAGUAUGACUAAAUACUUUUCUGAAAGAGCUAGUAUAAAACCAUUUAGAAAAGGUGGCUAUGAAUCCAUAGCUGACUUGGGUCAAGAUGUGAUUUCAACUGGUGCCAAUAAACAUCAGAGUCAGAUUACAGUGUCUGGAAAAAGCCAGUUGUGUAAACCCUCUAUGAACCAGCAUCCUAGCACAGAAGUAACUGCUGAUAAAGAGAAAUCCAGCGGUUUUGGAUUAAGGAAAUAUCCAGACUCAAAAUGUGUAAGAAAAGAGUUAGGCUUUAAUGUUGCUGUUCUUGAACGUGAAAGAACAAAACUGCGAUUAGUAGAGCCAGAAGAAAAAAUUAGAAGAACCAGUAGUAGUGUUUCUGACAUUAAAAUUGCAGAAAGAUGGCGAAGGAAGACCUUGCCUCAGAACUAUCCUAAGCUAGAAGAAGUUAAUCUGCUAACUCAAGAGAGUAUCAAAAUGCUUCGAACAGAUUCAUUGCAAUUUGAUGAAGGUGCAAUAAAGAAUAGAAGUAAAAGAAACAAAGAUGGGAUAGAAUCAAAGGAGGAGAACCAAACAGUUUCAGUCAGUCCUGAUGAUUAUUUGAAGAAGCAGGUUUCACCCUUAGAGCCAAAGGCAACUUAUUUUGCAGUUACAUAUCAGAUUCCUGAUAACAAAAAAGAAAAAAGCUCUCUUAGUACAGUUAAUGCAAAUGAAAAUAACCAGAUUACCACAGAGAUUGAAAGUGCACCAAUUAACCUGAAUUCUGGUUCUUCCAGAAGGUCCAAUCUUACAUCUCAGCAACCCUAUAAAAAUGUACUGAGUACUCAUUGUAAAGAUGAUUCCCUAGAAGCAUGUGUUAACAAGAAUUGGGCUAAAGAUGAAGAACAAGAUAUUCUAAAUUUAAAAAAAACUCAUCUAGUUCUUGGAGAGGAUGAUAACAGUAGGUCUUGUGAGAGAGGGCUGGAUCAUGCUAGAGAGAAAAUUAUAGAUGUGGAUGCUUUCCUCUUAAAACAGGACCUGGAAAAUACUAUUCAAACUGACUUUAAAGAUUUUCGAGGAAAAGUCUCCUCAUACUAUGAGCCAAAAUCCACACUAUACUCCAGUGAUUUACACAAAGACAGUAAACUGCCUACACAAAAGAAGUCUGGGGAAAACAGUCGUGAUGUGUUCAGAGUGAAGACUGAAGAUAAGUAUAGAUUUAGAGUUCUUGAUAUUGAUGCUCUUAUGGCAGAAUAUAAAAAGGAAUCCUUGAAGGCCAGUAACAUUCAAGAAAAAAAAGAUGACUCGUUCUCUGAUGAUCAAAGUAUGUUUUAUUGGGAGAAGUCAAAGUACAAAAGGAAUGUGACUGAUAAAACCCUACACAGUUAUAACUGGAAAGAUUGGAAGGACUUGGAUCAAUCUACUAGUAUUCUGAAACAAGGUACCGGUGCAGAAAAACACCACAGGCCUGAGAACUUAACUCUACAUGAAAACAGCAAAGAGAAAUUGGAGUCGUAUAGCCAAGAAUGGAGUAAGCAGAAGUCCAAAGAUAGAAAAUUUAGUCCUCCCCACUGGGGAAAGCCUAGUUCACUUUCAGACAAACCUAUAAAUUCAUCAGCUGAGCGUACUGAUACCAGAAAAAAAACAUUUAUUAUUGAUGAGGAACAAGGAGAACAUUUAACAUCAAGGCACCAAAGUGUGAAGUAUACAAAUAACAAGGCACAGCCUGCAAAUUCUGUUAGUGUGGACCAAAAACUGAAAGUCAAUUUGCCUUCUAAUUCUUCCUCUGAGGGUGGUGGUAGCUUAUUAAAGAAUACUUUGUUCACAAAACAGCAAUUCCCAGAGAUGUCUGUGGACAAUGACUGGCACAAAAAUGUAACGAGGAGCUCUGUAAAUAAGAACAAAGAGAAUACAAACAGAACCUCAUAUGAAAAUGACUUUUCUUAUAGAAAGAGCAAAGUUGAAUGGAAUGACUAUACAUUUGGUUUUGGAAAUGCACUGCCAGAUUUAAAACGAUCGUACUCAGAAAAGAGACGAUCUGCUAAAGCAAGAAGCAGCAUUCCUCAGGUGCAAGAAGCAAAAGAAAGAAGGGACCAGCACCAAUCUAGGCAAAGCUUGCCAUUGGAAAGUGAAGAAAAUCCACUGAAAAAGGAAUCUUUCUCCCAUGAAGACAAAAAGGACUUUGAAAAAGAAUGGACCAAGCAGAAUUUUGACAAAUCAGGUGGGAAAGACUUGACUAUAGUUCCUGUACAAAGAAGAAGCUAUAGCUUUUAUAAGGAUAAAAGAACACAUCACUGGACGGAUCAACUGAGGCAGUGCUUUGCCAGACAACCCCCAGAGGCCAAGGACACAGACACACUUGUGCAAGAGGCUGACAGUCAAUAUGGUACCUGGAGUGAGCAGCGCCACAGUGGGGACAGCUUUGUGCCUGAGUCUCCUUCUUCAGGAAGCAAUGUUACUUCAACAAGAAAGCAGCCACCAAACAGCCGGCUGUCUUCUUUCUCUUCUCAAACGGAACCUGCCUCCAUGAUUGAUCAGCAUGAUUCCUUAAAAGACCACAGGAGCACAAGUUUGGACCGUUCCAGCACUGAUAUGGAGUCAACUGAUGGUAUUGAGGGACCCCUUCAAGCUGAUACCUUCCCUGAGGAGAAAACCAUCGACUUCUCCUUCUUAGAUCAAACUUCUGUACUGGAUUCCAGUGCCCUGAAAUCCCGCGUGCAGCUCAGCAAAAGGAUUCGCCACCGAGCACCUAGCUCCCAUUCGCUCAGGAGAAGCAGACAGAUAGAGUCUGAGAACAAAUUCUCUGUGGUGGAGGAGACUGACAGCACUUGGAUGUUUAAAGACUCCACAGGUUUCCCUCUCAAUGGAGAAAAAUCUAAAAAACAGGAAGAGUCUGAUGAGGAAGAAAAAAUACAUCAAACAGAGAGAUCCUCAGCUGCACCACCUCAGCGGCUUCCUGUUUUUCCAGGCAUGGACCCCUCUGUUCUGAAGGCUCAGCUUCGGAAAAGACAAGAGCCCGAGAGUCCCAGUGAAAUAAAAUCAGCACAGCUAUUGAAAUCCCAGUUCCAGCAAGGAGCUCCGGGUGGUAGGGUACUGCCCUCUAGUGCUGAGGAGAACAGGUCAGAAGAAAUGUCUCCUCAAUGGCUGAAAGAGCUGAAAUCAAAGAAAAGGCAAAGCCAAUAUGAGAAUCAGGUUUGAGAAGACACUGAUUCUGAUUAAGAAAAGACAUAGAAGUGUAACAGAAGCCUUAACUCAUCUGAACCUAAAAUUCACACAUCAUGCUGCUGCUGUUUGCUUCCUGCCUCGACUACUAUGUGCAUGGUGCCUUCCUGCUUUGUGGAGAAAGCUGCUUAAAAUUCCAAGACAAAUACAAAGCUGUAUCUUCUCAGAUAGGGAAGGACAUAGUCACUUUAGAAGUACCUGAAAUAAAAGGUGGUGCAGUAGACUUAGCACUUCAGAAGGUCUUGCCAGAGGGUAACAUUUGUUCUGGUAAAAUCUGCACAUCAGGAAAAGUCCCCUUGCCUUCGAUCAAAGAUGACAUGUCUUCAGAAUUCAGCAAUGUUCAGUAACUCCAGCAUCUGAAUAAUGGUUAGGAGUGUCUUGUGUAAAGGCUGGGGUUUGUAUUUGUUUAUGAAAAUAACACAAUUUUAAAUCAAAUUAAUUUUUUGUGAACUAAUAGUGGUUCCUAUAUAGAAUGAAGUUUGUUGAAGAGAGAGUGAAAGAACAAAUCAUGUUUACUGCCAUAUUAAAAAUGAAAUGUGACUGAUGUAUUUUAAAGGUAUUGUUGAUUGGCUGAUGCUUACACGAGAUAUGCUGAUCUGGCAGAUCAAGUUGAUAUAUAGAUUGAGCAUAAUGUUAAUUUUUCAUUCUUUAACUGGGAUUUUAUAUGAUCUGUCAGCAAUAGUGUAAUUGCAUCAUUAGAAUAUCAUAUUCUUAGGAAGAUAAAGCAAUAAUGUCAAUCAGUUCUUUAAAAAUAAAUGUAAAUAUUGUUUUUAUUACUAAAAAGCAAGUGACGAGGAAGGAUGUAUAUUCUUGUCAAUAUGAGGGUUUCCGAUAUUUGUUGAAUGUCAUUCUAGAAGCACCUCAGAUUGUUUCACUUGAUAUUUUUAUUAGUUACCUCUGUAAAUAUCAAUUUUAAGUGUUUAUUUUUAUGCUGAUUUUGUGGGAUAAUCUAAAUGCAAUCUCUAACUUCUCAAAUGUUUAUUAAAUGAUCUAUACAUUUUACUUUGGUAAGACCAUAGAGGUGUGUUAGUAAUGUAGAUAAUAUUAACAUCACAACACAGCUGUGUCGGUCAAAUCAAAAGAGUUUUGAUGUCUUUGGAGACAGAUUAUGAAAUCUAGAUAUUUUUAACUAAGAUGUCCAUUUAUAAAUAAAUUAUAAAUGGAUACUGUAUUUAAAAUAUGUAUUAGCUACUUUCUUUUCCCCAAGUAAGUGCUCUUUUCAGAAAAUCUUUAAAAAUAUGUGCUAGCAUUACAUUGUGGGAGCAAAACACAAGAGUUCACUGUCUGCUGCACUGCAGUUUUUGUUCACUGCUGAAAGGUUUUUUAAAUUAAAUGUUAAAAUUCAGGCUCCAGCACUUGCACUCAUUUUUCCUCUUACUGCUAAGCAUUUCAGAAGGCAUGUUCCAUGUAGUACUCCACAAAUGCACCUGCUAACCAAAGGGAUAAGCUUUGUCUGCCACCCAUCAAGUGUUUAGCUGCCAUAAACCAUGUGCCAAUUCUUGUCCUAAAGAAGUCACUAAUGAGGUGAUUUCACUCCCAGCCUGUACUUCAGUAAAUAUCUGCAGUAUGGUGAGAGAUAUGCCCAGUGUGGUGUUCUUCCUUUUAGUAGUAUCAGCAUUCCCACAGCAGCAUCUGUUAUCUGAUUGAAAGACACCUGAAUAUUUUCCCAAUUCAUAAUAAAAGUGUCUUUGCUCAGUUCUUUGCCCUGAGGUAACAGUGCCAGAGACAUGGCUUUUACAGUUUCUUCUGUCACAGGUCAGUGAGUUUUCCAGAAGGAGAAGCUUCCAGAUGAGCACACUGGUCCAAACUAUUAAAGAGACACUGUUGACUACUUUUAAAAACUAUUUGUAUAUGUUUUCUGCCCAUUGUUUAUGUUUUGUGGGAUCUGUUUUACUUUUGGAAAAGUAACUUUUAGGCAAGGCUUCUAUUUUUCUGUGCUUGUGAGGCAUCAGCCAGCUUGUUUGGUCAGUUAUGCAUCAGAGGUUCUUGAAGGUAUUGGCAUGUACAAUUUGAAAAGUAUUUCAUUAGCUGCAGGAUUUUUAGGUGUGAUAGAAGACUGUUGGUCACUUUUAGUUUCACAUGUUAAGUGUAUGUGUGGCUUUUUAAAGCUGUUCAGAAUCCAAAUAAAUGUCCCUGUGAUCAUAAGAAUGCUUAGGGAAGUUUAAUUUUAGAAUUGAGCAACUUGACAGUGUCUCUUUAAUGACAGUGAGAGCAUUUUGUCUGAUACUUCCUGAUGGAACAGAAUGAAAGCCACAAAUGCUUUGGACUGUUAGCUGCAGUGUUUUCGCUUCACAUUCUGUUAUACUAAUGGGUUUGGUUUUGCACAUUGGCAAAGCCCUUUGAAUGAGUAUGUGUCCAUUUCUGCAUGAACAGUGCACUGACAUUUACUAUAGUUUCACUGCUUGUGAGAAGUGUAUAAUCUUAAAUAUAUCUGAUUUUUAAAAAUCUUUAGGAUGAGGUGAAGGGGAUAAUAUUUUUUUCUUGAUUUUUUUUUUUAUUCCUUGGUCUUGUAUGUGAAUUAAAUAUAUAAUUUCUCCUGUGACUUCAGGUUCCCACCACAUAAUUACUGACACGUCUAAAAAUAUUUAUUACACAUACAAUAACAUAUUGUAAAACACCUUUUAAUUUCAUUUUAAUUUUAAAUGUUUAUGAAACUUUUUACUAUUUUAGUUUAAGACUCACAAAUUAUAACUUGCUGUUAAUAUGAACUAGGAAUGAGCUCUUAGCUGCAGUCUGUUCUUCACAUAUGACUUAUUUUUUGUAUUAAUAACUGUUGGAAGCUCUUUUAAGAGUGAGUUUUAACCUUCAACUCACUUUGACUUGAACUCUCUUUGUAAGUGUGAUAGGUGUUUUGUAUUCGCCAUUCAAUAUGAGACGUUUUUGCAAAAGUAUUUUGUUGUUUUCCUUUAAGACCAUCACUUUUUUGUCUGCUCUUCAUCCCAUAGUUACACACCUUUAUCAAUAUUUUCAAAAAGUAAAUGUGCAUCCAUCUGUAAUAUGACACUUGGAAAUAUGUUAAUGCUCCCUUUUUCACUGAAAUUAGGACAACCCUCUCUUCGCACUCUAAUUCACUUACAUUUAGGAUCAGUACAAGCCUGUAAAUUUCAUAGUCAUUGGGAUCACCAACUAGCAUUUUAUUCUCUUAUAUUCAUUUUGCAAAUGCACCUUUGCAAAAUGCACCUGGCUGUAUAUCUUGAGGUUAGUACAUGCUAAGUCAGUAUUUUUUCUGGUUUUGUAUUAUCUGCUGUAAACAAAGAUGCUAAAUUUUUGCUUUCCAUUGUUAACAUGUGGUAUAAGAUUUAAAAAGCUGCUUCUUGCUUGCACAGAGAUUUAGCUUUCCACUCGCUGGUGUUUGUUUUGAUCACCUAGUAAUUGCUGGAAAACUACCAGAAACAUAUAUAAAAAACUGCCAGCUACAAAUUCACAAAUCAUAGAAUUGUAGGACUAGAAGGGACCUGGUCAUCUGGUCCAGUCCCCUGCCUUCAGGAAAGGCCUAAAGCGUAUUAAUAUCACCUCUGACAAAUGAUGAUCUUCUCUUAAAAAUCCCGAUAAGAGAGAUUCUCCAAACUCCCUAGGCAGUUUAUUCCAAUGUUUAACGACCCUGACAGGAAGUUUUUCCUAAUGUCCAACCUAAACCUCCCUUGCUGCAAACUAUUUUUCUCAUAACCUUAGGGGUAAAUGAGUGCAAUUUUUUUCCCUCUUCCUUGUAAUCAUCUUUUAUGUACUUAAAUUAUGCGCCCCCUUGGUGUUCUCUUCUUCAGACUAAACAAAUCCAAUCCUUUCAGUCUUUCCUCAUGGGUCAUGUUUCCUAAAUCUUUCGUAAUGUUGUUGCUCUCCUCUGUUCUUUCUUCAAUUUUCCCACAUACGUGUGCAAAUUUUUUCUCAACCAUGCUAUUCAGAGAAGCAUUAUCAAUUCAUUUAAAAUUGAUUUAACAUGUUUGCACAUGUGGUUUGAUGUAAAGUUAUUACAUAGAGAGCCCUAAUGUCCCAAAGUAUAACUGUAGAGAUCAAGACAAUUCUAGGAUGAGUUUAAUAUAAAUAGUGUGGAAUCCUUUAAAACAUCUAGGCAUCAUUGCUGGUAGCUACCUUCUUUACACUUUGCAUCCUGACUAUAUACACAGCUAUGCCCAAUGCUCUCAAAGGAAUGUACUGUAAACAGAGCAUAAUUGGCUUUUUAAGGAUCUGUGUCACACAUUUUAUAUGAAUCUUUAGAACAAAAGAGUUGGUUAACCCAAACUCCCAUUGGCCCACAUGUUUAAAAUAUUACAAUUCUGGAUGCUAGAAAUGUGUUAUAGAAAGAAGACAUUGCUUGUUUAUAAAGGGCAAAAGAAGGAGUUCUGUGAGGGUGUCUGGUGUAGAAUAAUUGACAUGAAUUAGCCAGAGUCUGUUUUGUAAAAUACAGUGGAAGAAACUGAAAUAUAAUUAUUUGGGACAAGCAGAUAUGUUCCAUAUGGCUGUCCUGUGGGCAGGAAAAGGUUCAUUGCUAUCUUACUACCAUUUAUUUUUCUUGGAACAGACCAACUGUAUAUCUACACAGCAGUGUUAUUUCGGAAUAACUGACCUUAUUCCGAAAUAACACAGUGCAUAGCUCAAGUUGCAUAGCUUAAUUCGGCUUUAGCCCUGCUGUGUAGACAUGCCCCAAGUGGGUCAGUUCCAAGCAUGUUAAACCUCUGUCACUCUAAUUGGGCCCAGUGUAUCUUAACACCAUACAAAUACCUUUCAGUGACAGGGAAAUACUAAAAUCUGUUCUGUCAGCUAAACUGUACCUGAACAGUUGAUCCAGACUUCUGCAGUUGGCUUAAACCAUAAGAGAGAACACCUACAACCUCAGGAGGAAAAACAUGUCAUUGGCAAUGCUGACAGUCUUUACGUUCUUUUGCACAGGUUCAUGUUUAAAACAUGAAACAAUUUCAGUCUUUGGAGGUAAACUUUCCUUUCAGAUAUUCCUGAAUUUAAGUAAUACAGUAAAUUGUAUAAAACAAGCCAAUGUGUCUUUGUGGAACAGGUGUUUUUAUAUGCUAGCCUGGCCAGCCGGAAUAACCUAUGAAUGUGUAAACUCUGCUGUAUUUGGGUUAAGUCUACACUGAGAGGGUUUUCCAGGAACUUCACCGCCUCCAGGGAAUGCGUUUGCUCUUCCACUUUUUUUUUUCCAGAAGUGCAAACGCGCUCUUUCGGGGAGCCCUGUAUACUUUGUUCUAUGAGGAAUAAGGGCUCC